CCACCCAUCGCCAUUCCGCCCCCUCGCCACUCAUUCCACCGCGAGAGCAGCGGGCAAUGCAGUCGCAGGAGUGCGACCACCGACCGUGUCCCCUUCUCCUCGCCCGUGCAGCGCAGAGCUAGAGGAACAACCCUCUUCUCGUUUCAACCCCGAGCUCCGAGCACGGCUGGCCGUACGCGCAUCCUCAGCCCACUCGAUGCAUCUCGGCGGCCGACGAAGUCUUGAUCGCGCCACUCUCGCCAGCGACCCGCACCCUUUGCGAGCACGCCAGAUGCUCAGCUGCGUUCUAUCUUUGCGCCUCGUCUCGUUUGUCUUCUUCGUCUUCUCAGCAUCAUCAGCAGCAGCGACAUCAGCAGCAGCAGCGUCAGCGGCUGCGAUCCGAAGCCCAGCGAAGUGCAACGGCGGUGCCGAGGCGAGCGGUCGGAUCACGCGCUCGGUCGGCUGGGGUGGACAUCGCAUCGCUUAAGAAGACUCAUCCUCUGUUGUUCAUCAUCAUCAUCAUCGCCGCCGCUGCUGCUGCUGAAUAGCAUCUCUUCCUGCGCGCAUAUGUGCAGAAGAAUCGCUCCGUCCCCCCACGCUGUGUGUGUGUGUGUACACACACGCGCGCACGUGAACAAUACGAUAUGAUAUAAUAAUGUACAGCGCAACAUUAAGGGCACAGCAGCGUGUUGCUAUUAAUUAAUUAUUAUUAUUCUCUUGCCGGGCGUUCGAGCGGACGGGGGUAUAAGGAGGAGAAAGAGAGAAGCGAGAGAAACCCGGAGCAGCAGCAGCAGCAGCUUAGCAGCGGCGUUCUGUGCAUCCCGGUCGCCCGGCCUCCGCGGUCAGAGUCGUUGGUCGCAUUGGCGAUACGGGAUGAGUACGGCGUCGAUCCAUGCUCUGCUUACGUUCUGCCUUCUCGUCAUCGAAAUAAUUACAUGCGUCAGCUUGGCUCAGCCCCGCCUCGCUGGCCCUGCAAAAACACCCCAGCCGGUGCAGCUCUCUCCGUCCGAUUUCCUGGACAAGCUCAUGGGGAAAACAUCCGGCUACGAUGCUCGCAUCAGGCCAAAUUUCAAAAGUUAUCCAGUCAAUGUUACCUGCAACAUAUUUAUCAACAGUUUUGGCUCAAUAGCAGAGACUACAAUGGAUUACCGGGUCAACAUUUUCCUGCGACAGCAGUGGAACGACCCUCGGCUUGCGUACAGCGAGUACCCCGACGACUCCCUGGACCUCGACCCCUCCAUGCUUGACUCCAUCUGGAAGCCCGAUCUGUUUUUUGCCAACGAGAAGGGGGCAAACUUUCACGAGGUCACCACUGACAAUAAGCUGCUGCGCAUAUUUAAGGACGGGAACGUCCUCUACAGCAUAAGACUGACGCUAACGCUGUCUUGCCCGAUGGACCUGAAGAAUUUUCCAAUGGACGUCCAAACGUGCGCCAUGCAGCUGGAAAGCUUUGGGUACACAAUGAAUGACCUCAUUUUUGAGUGGAAGCAAGAGGGGGCAGUGCAGGUCGCUGAGGGGUUGACGCUUCCCCAGUUCCAGCUGAAAGACGAAAAAGAUCUCGUGUACUGCACAAAGCACUACAACACAGGCAAGUUCACCUGCAUCGAGGUGAAGUUUCACCUGGAGCGACAAAUGGGCUACUACCUCAUCCAGAUGUACAUCCCCAGCCUGCUGAUCGUCAUCCUCUCCUGGGUCUCCUUCUGGAUCAACAUGGACGCGGCGCCGGCGCGCGUGGCGCUGGGCAUCACCACCGUUCUCACCAUGACGACGCAGAGCUCGGGCUCCCGCGCCUCCCUGCCUAAAGUCUCCUACGUGAAGGCCAUUGACAUCUGGAUGGCCGUGUGCCUCCUCUUCGUGUUUGCCGCUCUGCUCGAGUACGCCGCCGUCAAUUUCGUGUCGCGCCAGCACAAGGAGCUGCUUCGCAUCCGCCGCCGCCGGCAGAGGAAUCAGCCCGAGCAGGGAAUGCUUGUUCAGAAUGAGGGCUUAGAAGCCGUCCGUCGAGUCAACGGCUUAAGGAGAAGCGAUCCCUCUUAUGGGACUUCGGUUCAAAUCUACCAGUCGGGCACACGGGUGAAAAAGGACGAGGAUGGCCGCGAGAGGGGCUUCAAUAUGUAUGGCAUGGGGCAGUGUCUGCAAGCCAAAGACAGCGUGUCAGUGAAGGGGGUGAACGCAACCAACGCGGCCCCUGCACCGGCACCCACUCAAGAUGCCAUCAAGAAGAAGUUUGUGGACCGUGCGAAGCGCAUAGACACCAUCUCGCGUGCCGCCUUCCCCCUCGCCUUCCUCAUCUUCAACAUCUUCUACUGGAUCAUCUACAAGGUCCUCCGUCACGAGGAUAUCCACAAACGGUAGAGCCGGUGAACCCCAGUGUGCAAUUGCCAAACGAACAAAAAACAACAAGUAUUAACUCCAACUCCCCCCCCUCUCUCUCCCUCACAAGAACAUCCCGCGCAAAGCUUCAGACCAGGACCCAAGAUUUGCUCGCUGGCCCUGCAAGCAUCCUGCACUCCAGAUUGACGUUUGGCAGAAAAUGUUCACAUGUGUCCUUCAAAGUCCCGACCAACAACAAACGCACCCUAGAAAAUACAGAGAUGAUGCUGAUUUUGAGAGAGAGAAAAAAAAACCACCCGGCCAACUGUCAUACUUUCUUACAAGAAUCAGACUAAAAGACUGUUCUAUUUAAAUUGAUAGUUUUAAUUGCAACAAAAGUGGCUUCCAGUACCAGUGUAUACGUGUCUGCUGCUGUUUUUUGAGUAUCCUAUACAGCUUUUUAAUCUUGUGAAUGUCGAAGCAGUGAUUUUUCAGAAAUAUUUCCAACAUUCCAAUUCCAGUUAUUUGUGAGAAAUAACACACAUACAAUGAACGGUAGCGGUGGGAAAACAAUCAACGUCAAAGUACAAAAUGCUGAAAACCUUCAUUCCAGCAACGAGAUUACUGCAAUAGUAACACUUUUGAUUACUGUGCUAAAAGGUAGGGGUUUCGUAAUCACAUUUAUAGUUCUAUAGUACGGUCAGUUAAACGAUGAUGACAAUGAUGAAACAGUAUUAUUACGGACGCAUUACUGUGCAGAAAAGUUAAGGGUACCGUUACAGAUUUGAAGCUUUCGUGACUGCAAGGAUUCAUACUCUUUUCUUUUUUCGGAAAAGUCACGUAGGUAAAAAAUUUAAUAAAAUCAA